AUGCCAUCCUACGAGUACAAGAGCUCUGGCACCAACAGCAAGGGCAACCACUACUGCUCUCGCGACUACGGCAGCGGUGCUUCCAACGGCAACUCCUAUCACUACUCCAACUCGCACGUCUCCCCUUGCCUUGACCCCUCUCAACCAAUUCCCAGUCAUCUACUAACACGCCGACGACAACACAGCAACGGUUCAUACUACUACUCCAACCCCAACGGAAGCUCUUACUACAACGACGGCCAAGGCGGCUCUACCUACAAGUCUUCUGGCGGUGGCAGCGGCAAUGGCGGAAGCAAGGGCUCCAAGAGCGGCAAAUAG